ACACACCUCCACAGCCACCUGCACACAUUUGUGCGCAGUGUUAUUGUUGGUGCACGCUAUUCCCUCACACCCAAAUGCACAACAUAAAUACUUGACAAAAGAGAGUCCACCACACCUACAUGCUGUUGUUCUCCUCAUCUCCUCAGCCAUCGUUGCCCAAAGGCACACUUAAAGAAAGACUCGCCGGCUGCAGGAGAGGGAGAUCGAAAGAGUUGUGUUGAUCACAGAGUCUGCAGUCCCCAGCCUUCCCCUCUCAUGCUGCUGCGUGUUAGAGGCAGGGAGGGAGCGCUGCUGUUUGUCUCUGACACUCGGAGGGAAGAGGAGUGAGCUGUGCAGCGCAGAGCAGAGCCAGUCAGUCUUCUCCUACGUACCAACGUGAGCAAGUCGACCCAGUCUCUGCACACCUCUCGCUCAUCCGGAGCCUGAAAACAGCAACACAAACAGGAAUACCUGUGUCCACUGAAGGGGUUUGUGUAGAGGAGCAUGUUGUGACGCCAUGUCUCUGGAGAUGGAAAAGACCAUCACCAAGCUGAUGUACGACUUCCAGAGGAACUCUACAUCUGAUGACGACUCUGGUUGUGCUCUGGAGGAGUAUGCCUGGGUUCCCCCCGGUCUCAGCCCCGAGCAGGUGCAUCAGUAUUAUAACAUCUUACCAGAAGAGAAGGUUCCUUACAUCAACAGCCCAGGGGAGAAGUAUCGCAUCAAGCAGCUGCUUCACCAGUUGCCACCACAUGACAAUGAGGUGCGUUACUGUAAUGCGUUGGAUGAGGAGGAGAAACGAGAGCUUAAGAUCUUCAGCAACCAGAGGAAAAAGGAUAACUUAGGGAGAGGCAGCGUCCGGCCUUUCCCUCUUACCAUCAGCGGAGUGGCGUGUGAAAAGUGCAGCGGUCAGUUAAACGGAGGUGAAAUUGUAGUUUUUGCUGCCAGGGCGGGGCCUGGAAAAUGCUGGCAUCCUCGAUGCUUCGUCUGCAGCACAUGUGAGGAACUGCUGGUGGAUCUUAUAUACUUCCACCAGGACGGCAAGGUCUACUGUGGUCGGCACCACUCCGAGAGGCUGAAACCCCGGUGCUGUGCCUGUGAUGAGUUAAUCUUUGCUGAUGAAUGCACUGAGGCGGAGGGAAGGCACUGGCACAUGAAGCACUUCUGCUGCUAUGAAUGUCAGACCACCCUCGGUGGCCAGCGCUACAUCAUGAAGGACGGACGGCCACACUGCUGCAACUGCUUUGAAUCUCUGUAUGCAGAAUACUGUGAUGCAUGUGGAGAACACAUAGGCAUUGACCAAGGCCAGAUGACAUAUGAUGGGCAGCACUGGCACGCAACGGAGGAAUGUUUUUGUUGCGCCCGCUGCAAGAGAUCUCUGCUGGGCCGCCCCUUCCUUCCAAAGCAGGGGCAGAUCUUCUGCUCACGUUCCUGCAGUGCUGGUCAGGAUCCAGAGGACUCUGACUCUUCAGACUCUGCCUUCCAAAGCGCUCGCUCUCGUGAGUCCCGCCACAGCACCAAGAUUGGAAAGAAGGAGCGCAGGAAUGCCGAGCAGGAUAGGCGCAGUGCCGAGACUCGCCAGUCAGCUCCUCCACCCAUGCCUGACCGUCUGUCUACUGAAAUUGAUCCCCUCUCUGUUCAGAUGGACCGAUUAAGCCUUUCAUCUAGCCAGACUCCAAGCAGAACGCCUAAUCGCACACCCAGCCGCACUCCGAGUCGAGCACCGAGCCUUAACCAAGUGUGGAUGAGCAGGGAUGAAUCCUACAUCCCUGCUUCUUAUGAGGGCCCCCAACGAGAUCCCUCACCCACCCCUGCCCCUAUACAUCUGCUGGGUCAGUGCAAUGCUAGGCAGGGAUACAAUCCCAACACAAAUGCUCAUCCGCCUGCCCAGACUCCUGCCAACCCUGGGAAAAGGCCCGAUUCCUGGGGGAAGGAGCAAGGCAAUGCCAAGAGGACCCCUAUGGCUGCCCUGAGGGGUCAAUCCUUCAAUGAAAACUGGAUCCACCACAACCAAGAGGAGUUCAGGCCAAACAAGCUCCGAACACAGAUGAGCUUCAAUGAGAUGCCAAGCCAAAAUCAAGGCUUCUCUGACAAGAGGAGCAUCAGCCUGCACGGAUUCCAGAGAGACGGUCGGCCCCCACUGACUAGAAGAAACCACAUCACUGCCAUGAGCUUUAAUGAGCCCCUCACUCCCCUAGAACAGACCCCUCGUGGAUCCAUGGACUCUCUCACUAUGUCUAACCCUACAGGUAACUCUCUGGAUGGUGUCACUAAACGUCAGGAGCAUCUGUCACGGUUCUCCAUGCCUGACCUGAGCAAGGACUCCGGUGUAAACGUGUCUGAAAAGAGCAACAUGGGCACCCUCAGCUCUUCAGUCCAGUUUCACAGCACAGAGUCUUUGUCCUCCUCUCGUCCCUACAACAACAUGUAUGCUCCCCUGAGAGUGGGGUACCCACUGCAGUACUGGGAUGGACCGCAGGAUCUUGGCUUUGAUGGCAAAGGACGCACUGGAGUGAUGGGGAGCAGCGGAAACCUACGGAUGGCUCCCAUGAGUGACAGAAUGCCCCGCCGACGCAUAAAUGGGCAAGAAGCUGUUUCACAGCAGCAGCAGCCACAGCCCAGGCGCCGCAAGCACCAUCGUGGAAACAAUGGCAAUGGUCAGCACCGCAGCAGUCGCCACCACAAACGCUCUCGCCGCUCUCGCUCCGAUAAUGCCUUACACCUGGUGGCAGACCGCCCCACUCAAAUGGUGGAGCUUCCCUACCGCCGCGUCCAAGAGGAUUAUGAUCGCUUCCCUUCUGGCCAAGCAGCUCGAGAGUUGUACGGUCUGGAGCCAGGCGGAUACAGACAGCAGCCCCACCGGACCUGUCCUCGCACCACUUCUGAUCUUACCUUGCAGAAUGCUGGCUGGCAGCCCGUAGGACUGGGUGGACCAUGCUGGGGUGAUGGCUACAUGGAAGGUCCUGACCCCUGGUGCUCCAGCUGCUCCUCUUCCUCUGAGUCUGAGCCAGAUGAGGGGUAUUUCCUGAGUGAACCGAUCCCUCGACCUGUACAGCUGUGCUACAUCAACAACGAGGACCUGCGUCACCGCUACAGCCCAUCUGGGAUGGGUGCCCAUCAUGGACCUCUGCAUGGACCAAUUCAUGGCCAGCUACACACUCGCCAGAGGAGGAAGAGCAAAAACUGUAUAAUUUCCUAGAUUUAGAGCAAGGAGCUAAGGAGGGAUGGAAGAGUGAAAAGGAUGAGAGAGAAAAAGGUAAGAAGACAGGAGAAAGAGCUAGAGGAACAGAAAGAGUGGGAAGGUGAGAGUGUGUGCUUGUGUGUGUGAAUGUGUGUAUGUGUGUGUGCACGCGCAGAAAGGUAGAAGAGAGAAAUCAUCCCAUGUUCUGUGUUUGUGAACUUGCACAACUCUACACUGGGUAGUGUUUGUGUACACCUACACAGGAUGAUUUAAUCUUAAGAGGAAGUUGGGCUCUCUUACACAACAGGAAUGUUUACAGCGAUCAAGAUCAAGUCUUAUUAUGGCACCAGGAAGCACUGAUCCACUUGACUGCUAAAUAUGCUGCGAUCAAGGUAAAUAAGAUGUAUGUGUGUAUGUGUCUGUGAGUGCAUUCACAAUUUCUUCAGCCUGAAGCAGAAAGUAAACCUGCAACGAUCUGACCAAUCCUACAUCUCAUAGAGCUAUCAACUUAUUCUAUGUGGACAAAUGAGGAAUUGUGCUGGGAUAGUGACAGCUAUGUGCUAGAUUCCAAGCUGUGUCAUUGUUUACCUCCGUGGAAUCCAAAUGCUGCUGGAAUAUAGUGUUGGCUUGCUAGCCCUGACUUCACCCUGUACAAAACAAAGAAAAGUCUGUUGAACCUUGUGAUCUACAUAGCCAGCUCUCCACGCUUUACCAAGGACAGGCAGCCUCUGCUCCUUGCCCAUUCAGGCACAGUAACGUCAGGUAUGGUCCUGUUUUCUUUUCUGCAACAUGCUUUGUUUCUUUUUUUCUUCCUUUUUUUUCUUGGGAAUCAUCUAUAGAUAAUUAACAAUAUUAAAAAUAACAUUACUUAUUCUAACAAUAAUAAAAUGAUAAUGCAAAUAAUUAUAUUACAAAAAAUACCUGAUAAAUGUAUAUAUAGUAAUAAACUUUAACAAUGGAUGUAGUACUGUAAAUGUCCUGUAGAUAUGGUCUUAAAUAUUUAUAUAUUUUGUAACAAAAGAAUCAUUAUUUGUAUAACAUUAUAGAGAUGGGGAGACUUGCAUGUUCAUUUGUUGUUGUCUUAUACUGAAAAUAAAGGAUACUUCAACCAGUGAA